AUGCUUGAUUACUUGGAGACCAAAGCUGAGCGCGAUGCUUUCAUCGAUCAAUAUGAUAACUUUUUGUUCGAUUGUGAUGGUGUCUUGUGGGAAGGUACUCAUAUGUUUGAUGGCGUCCCUGAAGCCAUGGAAUUAUUACGCUCAAAAGGGAAGCGUGUGUUCUUUGUUACCAACAACAGCACUAAAUCCCGUGAAGCCUUUUUACAAAAGUUCAAGGGAUUCAAUGUCAAGGCUACCAAAGAAGAAGUUUUCAGUUCAGCUUUUGCCACUGCAUCUUAUCUCAAGCAUGUAUUAAAGUUUCCCGAGGAAAAGAAGGUUUAUAUCAUUGGUAUGGCAGGUAUUAAAGACGAGUUAGCUGCUGAGGGUAUUCGCAGCUGCGGUGGUGAGGAGGACACUGGCUUGACAGACAAUGAUGCUGUCCCUGAUGACAAGGAAGUCGGCGCUGUUGUCAUUGGCCUUGAUACCCAGGUCAAUUACAAGAAAUAUGCAAAGGCAUUCACUUAUUUGACCAGAAACGAGGGCUGCCAUUUCAUUGUUACCAACGAAGACUCUACUUAUCCUCAACACGGUGGAUUUUACCCUGGUGCUGGAUCAAUUGCAGCUCCUAUUAUCACUGCUCUUGGUAGACGUCCUGAUGCUGUAUUAGGUAAACCUGCUCCAAACAUGUUGGAAGCCAUUUAUGCCGAAUAUGGCCUUGAUCCCAAGAAGACUGUCAUGAUCGGUGACAGAUUGAACACUGAUAUCGAAUUUGGCUUGAAUGGCGGUCUUGACACUUUGUGUGUAUUGACAGGUAUCACCACAAAGGAUGAGUUGUUAAGCCCUUCGAACAAGAUCAAAUCUACUUACUACAUGGAUAGCUUUGGUGAUUUCUCUAAGCCCUAA